CGAACGACGCUACUGUGUCAGAAGUGGGAAAUAAGGGGAUACAACUCCCUUAUUAAAAACACUGCAUGCGGCAAAACUGCUGUUCUGAUUUUCAUCAAAUUUUCAAGGAAGCAGGAAUAAAAGUGUAAAAUGUCGAAUGUUGAAUUAGAACAAGAUCCGCCUUUUCGUUCUAUGAUUAGGUCGUCUGGUUUGGCAGAAGUUUGGACCCACACUCAUGAUGAGCAAAAGUUUACUCAAUUCGGCUGGAGAAGCACCACUAAGGACACAUCGUAUUCUAAUAAUACCUUGAUUGGGAAUUGGAAUGAACAAAGAUUCGACAUAGCCAAGCAAAGACAAUCAAAACGAUUACCCUCCCAGUAUGGCCACUACUUCCAGACAUCAUAUGAUGCAAGCCACAACACUCAGCCUUACUCGCCUCCGGAGGUGCUAAAACAUCUGAAAGCUCGUCAGCCACACGCGUUCCCACAUCACCAGCCAGAACUUGAUCACCAGAGUCAAAAGGACGAGUACAACAGCUUCGAGACGACACAGCGAGUUUCAUACGCAGAUCCGAAAGUCAGGAAACAGCCACUAGGAGCGGUUGAAAAGUAAACUAUGCUCGAGUGACCUCAUUGAUAUUUAGCAAUGAUAUUGAUAGUCUCAUGCAACAUAUUUCAUCAAUUGAAAUAAAGUUGCAGAGUACUGCAUUUUUUGCAGGUCUCUGAAGAUGUUUUGUCAAAUGUUCAUGUCAUUUUAUGACUUUCUAGCCUGUUGAACAAGUCCUGGGAAGUGUACUUAUCACGUUAAUAUUCCUAGUCAGCGACUCGAAAUUCAAGGACGUCCUUUGUUAGUCAUGCUGGAUGCAUUACGAAUUCUAGUGAUUAUAAGAUACUUGUGAUGUCAAAGUUUCUGUGAUAAUCAUGUAUACCGUACACACUUUUUCAAUCUGUCCGUACAAAAUUGUUCUAUUGAUCAAC